AUGGCGACGCAAGCUAUUCACGCUCCCGCUCACAGCGGCCAUGCUCAUUCAAGCUCCACCUCGUCGUACCCCCCGCAGCCCGCCUCUCCUACUUUAACAAACCCGGACAUGAUUCUUCCCGACUAUGAUUGCCCUUCUUCCCCCGACCGGUCGCAUUCGCCUCUGAUGAUGUGGAAGAACUCGCAAGCUGUCGACUUGAACAUGCAAUUCCAAUUCCCUCCGAGUGCAUACGUCGCCGGCCCCAUUACCCCCGCGACACCAAUCAUCUAUGGCAACGGUACCAUGCUGUCAGAUAUCGGGGAGGUAACUGAGGCCGAGAGCACGCCGGGUAAGACCUCGCGUCCAUCCUCUAUGAUCUGGACAGGGCGCGUCAGCCGGAUUCCCGACGAGCGAUUCCCCUCGCCGACGAAAGCGUACGAGAGCAUCAAGCAGCGGGCGCGCGCGCACGAGCGACGAUCCUCGGUCGAGUCCACGAGCACGAUCACUACUACACAAGACCACAACGUGUUCGCCGACUUUGACGACGCUAUCAGCGUAGAUGAUAGUAACUUCCAAGGCGACGAUGAGGAGAGCGUCGCGGAGUCGUACACAGAUGAUGUGUCCGUUCACAAGGCCCAUGCCAUCUCUCAACCUACAAGGACAUCUCUUAAUGAUCCAAAUAGGUACUCAACCGCAUUGAUAAGCCGAAGGGCUGAGCAGAUUCUUGCAAAUGCCAAGCGUAGACUCACUACGAUGGAGGGUAAUCUGUCGAGAGCACGAAGCUCGUUGAGCAUCUCAACACCCUCGAUGUCUUCAUUCGACGGCACCGGCUCCACACCGUCCCCGCCGAUGAUGCGAUCUACUUCUUCCGCGACAUCCCCGAGCUCUGCGCAUGGGCACGCCCGAAUGAUGAGCGAUUCCUCCAUCAACACCGAGUUGGUGAACUCUGGUGCUGUCCCGAGGAGGUCUGCCAGUGCAAUGGGUGCUGCUGGAGGUUAUCGGCAGCCUAUUUCUACGCGCAAGAUCACCCAUGAUGCGGCUACGCUUGAGCGCUUGAACUCUGGGCGGGACAAUCAGCCGCGUUACAAGGCGGCUCAGGAAAUUGGCUUAGACACUCUAGGUGAGGAUGAGGUAUCCACGGAAUUCCAUUCCGGAAGCGAUAGCACCACCAAGCGAGACAGUCUUUUAGGUCCUGCUCUGGGUGGCCCCACGAAGCCACCAUUGACACGCUCUGCGUCGGCAGCGCAAAUGCGCGAUCUGAAGGAUCAAGUGCUGGAUCUUAAAGGCAAGAUUUCAUCCUUGAGAGAACAGGCACGGGUGGAUACCAUGCGCCGACGCAGCCUUCAGAGCUUGCGAACCCCCAGUCCCUUUACUCAUGCCCAGGUUGACCAAUGGUAUGCCGGUUCUCAAAAGCAGUCUCCGACCGAGCCACUCACUGCGACGUCGGAAUUGGCUCCAUGGCAUGAAGAACACGCGCCUAGCGUCAACGGCGAGAUACAGACGAAAGAGACAGAGGCGACCCUCGAGGGGCCUCUUGAGGGUCCGAUUGAGAACACCCUCGAGGACACCCCAGAGGAGCUUCCAAUCAGGGAUGAUAAGUCGGUUGUUGGAGACUACGAAGCGGCGCAAGAGGCGGUUCGCCAAGAGGAGCGCCAGAAGGCCCUCGAUGCGAUGGAAGCGAACGCCCACGUCGAGCCUGACGAUGACAUUUCCGAUAUGCAUACCGAGGAUGGCUUUGAGGACAGUGUGCAGGUACAGGAAGAAGACGGAUAUGAGAGUGAGAGUGGAGACUCUCUGUACCACGACACCUACCAAACUCCUGUGUCACAUGAAGACCGAGAGGAUGCAUUCGACUACGAGCACUUCUUCCUCCACAGCGCCAUGGGCACUAUCAGCCAACAACGGAUGGCCCGACAGGGAAGCCGCCGCGGAAGUUUCAGUUCUGAGGACUCUGUCGAAACUACCCGUGGACCCAUAACCUCCGACGAGUCGAUCCGGCCCAAGCUCCACAACAGGCGAGGCAGCGGCGACACGACAUCGACCAUGGAUUCCUUCGCGACGGCCAACUCAGGCCGAGCCAGUCGAGUCAGCGCCAGUGGUAAUGAGGAAGACGUGAGACAAGGCGUUCUCACACCUCCAAGUGUGAGCCCUAUCAGCGAGCGUACAGAGAGCCCCCCAACUGCCAAACGAUCUGUUGUGGGUAGCAUCAACGGCGGCGAUGUGCUUGAACAGAUGCGAACCAGGGCGCGCGCGGGCUCUAUCGCUUACCGUCGCCCCAUGAGCACUCAGGCCACGAUGGGUCACCGGCCAUCGACUGCGUCUUUCGACUCAACUGGGACUAAUCGAAGCUUCCCGUUGGUUGGCAAGGCCCGUGUCAGCGUUGGUGGGGUCCUCACGCCACAGGGCUCUCCCGAACUGGAACUGCGAACCAUUUCGGAUGCUAUCAUGAGCGAGACGGCCAGCAUCUGCGACAAGGAGAGCGUUGGAGGACCGGACCAGCUUGCGCCUAUGAAUCAGCUCGCCAAGGAGGACCAGAUUUUGGUCGAACGCUUUGUGGCAAGCCUGGGACGUUGCGUCCUCGGUUUGAGUGAGUCUGGCAAGGCAUCGGCAGAGAGCCGGAUGUACAGGAGGCGCCUCGACACGGCGCGCAAGAUUUUGGAGGGCAUGGGUGAAACUUCAUGA